GAUGGACGUAUUGCUGUUGUUGACGAUAUGCAUCUCGCAGGGCAUCCAUCUCGCCGUUGGUUUCGAUGACCUUGGCGACCUUGACACUGGCGGAGAUGGCCUUGACCUUGAUUCUGGAUCACCCGAUGGUGCUGCAACAAGCAAAAAGUGUCCGCUUCUCAACAUUACCAAUACUGGUCCUGCGACGAAUGAGAGGACUGUCGGAUCAAUCAUGAUCUUCACCUGCAUUAAAGGUUUUAAGAAAACAGGUGGCGACGACGCCAGAGAAUGUCUGCCAAAUGGGAAAUGGUCUGGCAAAGAUGUCGUCUGCAAAAAGAUCACAUGCCCGCCUGCUCCGAAUGUGCCGAACGCAGACAAGGUUUUGACGAAGACAAGCACAACCAAAGCAGUAUUUGGUAGCAAGGUGACUUAUAUUUGCAAGAAGUAUUACAAACUCACCGGAAAUAACACGCGAGUUUGUGAAAAGAGUGGAAAAUGGUCCAAGACUAGUUUUGAAUGUAUUCGUAUCCGCUGCCCAGUACCACAAAAAAUGAUCAAGAAUGCUGGAUUUCGGAUGACUGCCGGAAGGAAGGUUGGGUCCGUGCUGACCUACAGAUGUCAGAAUUUUUCAACACUCGUCGGCACUGGAGUAGGUACAUGCCUUCGUAACGGAACUUGGUCCAAUAUAAACUUCACUUGUGUGGUGAGGUGCCGCCCCCCACCCCGUUAUAGGGGUGCGAAGAUCAUUGGUCUUGCUCGAAAUUACUUCAGCGAAGGAGUCCAGGUCAGGUAUUACUGCAAACCCGGUUAUUACCCGGCCGGGAAGAACAGCUCCGUGGCGAAAUGUCUCCCGAAUAGAAAAUGGUCACGUCCAGACAUCUAUUGUGUCGAGUACACAUCAACUCACGCGAAUUGCUUUGGACACACAAUCAGUCCGAUUCUGAGACCCAGCCGUGGAUUCGAACCCUGCAUUCAGAGAUGCAGCAGAGAGCUCAAGUGUCAAUCUCUCUUAGUGCAUACGGCCCCUAAUGGUAGGGUGCGCUGUUACCUCAAGUCAAGCGAGUGCCAAAGUCGGUAUUUAAAAUGCAAGGGACACCCUAGCUUCCUCCUCCUCAGGAAAGUUCAUCACGUCAACAAGAGUCCAAAUCGUCCAAGCGUCUGCUACAAACUUGAACAUAACAACUGCGGUGGCUACGAUCUCUACAACCUCGGCGACAAACCUCAAGACGUGUGUUUGGAAGAGUGUUCCCAAAGACCGUGGUGCAAGUCUGUCCAGUGGCUCAGCUGGAACUUAAAUGGACGGGGUAAUUGCUGGGGGAAAUAUGUUUCCUGUAGACAACGAGAGAUAGGUUACAGAGGUGACAAGCGAUUCCAUCAAUUCACAAAGGAGCGUUGUAGCCGGGCAAGGAAGUACCGCAAGGCCAAGGGAAAGACUUACCGCAAAUACAACCUUAUUGAGGCAUAGCCUGCAUGGUAGACUCCUAUGUACUCCAGUUCGCCUUUUUGAUCACCUCUCCAUCAUCCUUACCGGGCGACAGGACUAGGCCAGUCCAUUGCCUCCGGAGUGUACUGGAUGGCUGAAUAUUUGAAAGUUUGUCUCUUGGCGUAGGAACCUUUAGGCUUGCGUGUACGAAGAUGGAAAGCUCACAGCAGUCAGACUGGAUUGAUGCAUAGCGAAAGAAGAACCUUUUGUUUGCGUAUCAACACUUUUGCACCUGUUUUCCUCACGCUAUGUUCACAUGCCCGUUGUGCAGUCAUGAGACUGAUAAUGAAGGCUGAAGUCUGCAGGCCCAUAUUUUUGGAAUUCACUAUAUAUAUACAUGUAUAUGCUUGUGACCUUCCUCGUCUCUCUUAAAUCGAAAUCAAAAUGUAUUCAUGCUGCAACAGAUGAAAAUAACUAUUACUUGUACAUUGAAUAAACCUUGCUUACAACACACCUGUCACAUCCUUCAUGAGCUCCGUCAAGAGUAAUCAGCAGUAGACCACAACAAACUCACAACCAGAAUGCAGGGAUAGGUUCACUUUACUUAUUGAGCACUGAUAGAAACAACCAGCAGAUAUUCUGAUACUAUUACAUCAUUCAACUCAAGGCUUUGGUGUCUUCUCCAGGUUGGGUUGUGACAUGUUUGAGACAGUCUCAAGGUUGUGACAAUUUCAAGGAUAUUUGUACAUACUUGAAGUACGACCCCUUAAGAUGCCAACCAGUGAGCGAUGUAAAUAUCAUGAUAAGGAUGCAGGCAAGACAACAUGCUCUCCAAUCUGAGAUGGCUUUGUCUUUUUGUUUGAAUUGUCUCCAUAAAAGGGAAUCUUACAAC